AUGUCUACUAUUUCUGCCUCCAUGAUCAAUUCCUCCACAUUCCUUCUCAUGGGGUUUCCUGGUCUGGAGCAGUACUACCCCUGUAUUUCAGUGCCUUUCUCAUUCGUCUAUGCUCUGGUUUUCCUAGGAAAUUGCAUGGUGCUCCAUGUGAUCCGGACUGAGCCAUCAUUGCACCAGCCCAUGUUCUAUUUUCUGUCCUUUUUGUCCUUUACUGAUCUAUGCAUUGGACUAUCCACUGUACACACAGUGCUGGGAACCCUAUGGGGGAUUAACCAAGAGAUUCAUCUGAAAGCCUGCAUAUCCCAGAGUUAUUUUAUCCAUUGGCUCUCAUUUACAGAAUCUGGAAUCCUUCUGGCCAUGGCUUUUGAUCGCUUUACUGCAAUCUGCAAUCCUUUGAGAUAUAACACCAUAUUGACUAACAGAAGAGUUAUUCAGCUUAUGAUGACCAUUGUGAUGAGAAGCACUUUGGCUCUUCCUCCUAUCAUACGACUGAAGUUGUUCAUUUACUGCCGUCCACACAUCCUUUCUCACUCUUUCUGCCUGCAUCAGGACCUGCUGAGGUUGGCCUGCUCUGACAUCCGCUUCAAUAGUUACUAUGCCCUGGCUCUAGUCAUUUAUACUUUGUUGCUGGAUUCUGUCCUUAUUCUCAUCUCCUAUAUUUUUAUCUUGCAUACUGUACUGGCAAUUGCAUCUCCAGAAGAGAGACUCAAGUCUUUGCAGACCUGUGUUUCCCACCUCUGUGCUGUACUAGUCUUUUAUAUUCCCAUCAUUGGUCUCACCAUGGUCCAUCGCUUUGGAAAGCAUCUCUCACCACUGGUGCAUGUUCUUAUGGGCAACAUCUAUAUUCUCUUUCCUCCUCUCAUGAAUCCAAUCAUCUACAGUGUGAAGACCCAGCAGAUAAGGAGCAGAAUGAAGAAGUGGUUUUCCUUAAAAUUCUUAUGA